AUGUCUUCUCUAAUGGCGAUUCGAUGCUCACGAGCCCAGAAGAUUGUCACGACAGGUUCUCUGCUUCAUGUACGUUCCUCAUUUCCCCGCCCGUCCUCUCAAUUCGCCUUCAUCCACUCCUCCGGCAACAAAAACCUGAGCACAUCCGCCGCGCCGAGUGAUUAUUACCAGAAUCAUCAGCCCGUUGCACCUCAUCCGCCGCAACAACAGGCAUAUCCGCCGCAACAACGCCCAUAUCCGCCGCAACAACAGCCCCAUUCUCCUCCGGGCUUCGAUUCUCAGCGUUUCCAGAACCAGACCAACACUAAUCAAAGAUAUCCGCAAAACCAUAAUCAAUGGAAUCCACAGAAUCCUCAACGCGGCGGAGGCGGUAACAAUUAUCAGAAUCCUCAACGCGGCGGAGCUGGUAACAAUUAUCAGAAUCAUGGUCAGUAUCAGAGUGUUCAGCCGAAUCAGUAUUAUCCGCAGCAGCAACCCAAUAGCUCAAACCAAAUCACCAAUCAGAUGAAUAAGCAGAGCAACGAGAUCGUCCCUCCCGUUGAAGAGGUAAUGCGUUUGUGCAAGCUCAGGAAAUACAAAGACGCAAUUGAAUUGCUCGAUAAAGGAGCUAUGCCCGACGGAGAAUGCUUCACUCUGCUCUUCGAUUCCUGCGCGAAUCUGAAGUCGCUCGAGCACGCCAAGAAGGUACACGAUCAUUUCCUGAGGUCUAGGUUUAGACCUGAUCCGAAGCUGAACAACCUGGUGAUUAGAAUGUUUGGGGAAUGUAGGAGUGUCACUAAUGCUAAGAGAGUCUUUGACCACAUGGCUGACAAAAACAUGGAUUCUUGGCACUUGAUGAUGCGUGUGUACAGUGAGAACGGAAUGGGAGACGACGCGUUGCAUUUGUUCGAGGAGAUGACGAAGCAAGGGCUGAAACCGAACGAGGAUACGUUCCUCUCUGUUUUCUUUGCUUGUUCUAAUGUUGUUGAUAGCGUAAAGGAAGCGUUUUUGUACUUCGAUUCGAUGGAGAACGAGCACGGGAUUAGCCCCAGGGAAGAGCAUUACUUGGGUCUAUUAGAUGUUCUUGGGAAAAGUGGACUUCUCGUUGAGGCAGAGGAGUUCGUCCGUGGUCUUCCCUUUGAGCCUACAGCUGAUUUCUGGGGAGCUAUGAGGAACUAUGCUCGGUUACACGGAGAUAUCGGUUUAGAGGAUUACGCUGAAGAAAUGAUGGUUGAUCUUGACCCUUCAAAGGCUGUAACCAACAAAAUCCCUACUCCUCCACCGAAAUCGUUCAGGGAGACGAAUAUGAUUGCUAGUAAGAGUAGGAUCCUUGAGUUCCGGAGUCUGACUCUGUACAAGGAUGAAGCGAAAGAGAUGGCUGCGAAGAGAGGACCGUCUUAUGUUCCCGACACACGACAGGUUCUCCACGACAUUGACGAAGAGGCUAAAGAACAGGCACUGCUCUGCCAUAGCGAGAGGUUAGCGAUUGCUUACGGUAUAAUAAGCACACCGCCUCGGAUGUCCCUCAGGAUCAUCAAGAACCUCCGUGUGUGUGUAGACUGUCACAACUUUAUCAAGAUCCUGUCUAAAAUCGUUGCUAGGGAGUUGGUUGUGAGAGACAACAAACGUUUCCAUCACUUCAGAGAUGGUAAAUGCUCUUGCGGCGAUUACUGGUAG